CGACCCUAAACUUGGCUGCGUUUCCAUGGUGUCGAUCGCGGAGCCGUGGGGGCGGGCUCACGCAAGCGCCAAGGGACCGAGUGGGAGGAGUUCGGGUGUGGCUGCGCAGGCGCUUUGAGAGACGGUGAAGCCGGUGGCCGGUGGCCGGGCGGGACCAACAAAGAUGGCGGCGGCCCCUGCGGCGGGAGCGAUCUGGGCAACGGCUGCGGCCAAAGCUGCAGCCGGGCCCACGGGGGGGCUGCACGGGGGUAGUAGGGGGUGGCCCUGAACUGGGGCCUGGCCCCGGCUGGCCUCUCCCGCCGCCUCACCGGGGGACAGGUACUGGGGAUACGAUGGCUGAUUCGAUAGAUCUGGUUCCUGCCCUCAGUGCAUAUACUGCUCCCCACUUUCGUUGAUGUGGUAGUGGUGAUGACUGAGCCAACCAUCUAAUGUGGAAAUGAGAGGACAGCAAGAUUGUGGGUCCAGCCUGUGGUGUCCACAAUGCCCCAGGCCUCUGAGCACCGCCUGGGCCGGACCCGAGAGCCACCUGUUAAUAUCCAGCCCCGAGUGGGAUCCAAGCUACCAUUUGCACCCAGGGCCCGCAGCAAGGAGCGCAGAAACCCAGCCUCUGGGCCAAACCCCAUGUUACGACCUCUGCCUCCCCGGCCAGGUCCCCCUGAUGAACGGCUCAAGAAACUGGAGCUGGGACGGGGACGGACCUCAGGCCCUCGUCCCAGAGGCCCCCUUCGAGCAGAUCAUGGGGUUCCCCUGCCUGGCUCACCACCCCCAACAGUGGCUUUGCCUCUCCCAUCUCGGACCAACUUAGCCCGUUCCAAGUCUGUGAGCAGUGGGGACUUGCGUCCAAUGGGGAUUGCCUUGGGAGGGCACCGUGGCACCGGAGAGCUUGGGGCUGCACUGAGCCGCUUGGCCCUCCGGCCUGAGCCACCCACUUUGAGACGUAGCACUUCUCUCCGCCGCCUAGGGGGCUUUCCUGGACCCCCUACCCUGUUCAGCAUACGGACAGAGCCCCCUGCUUCCCAUGGCUCCUUCCACAUGAUAUCCACCCGGUCCUCUGAGCCUUUCUACUCUGAUGACAAGAUGGCUCAUCACACACUGCUUCUGGGCUCUGGUCAUGUUGGCCUUCGAAACCUGGGAAACACGUGCUUCCUGAAUGCUGUGCUGCAGUGUCUGAGCAGCACUCGACCUCUUCGGGACUUCUGUCUGAGAAGGGACUUCCGGCAAGAGGUGCCUGGAGGAGGCCGAGCCCAAGAGCUCACUGAAGCCUUUGCAGAUGUGAUUGGUGCCCUCUGGCACCCUGACUCCUGCGAAGCUGUGAAUCCUACUCGAUUCCGAGCUGUCUUCCAGAAAUAUGUUCCCUCCUUCUCUGGAUACAGCCAGCAGGAUGCCCAAGAGUUCCUGAAGCUCCUCAUGGAGCGGCUACACCUGGAAAUCAACCGCCGAGGCCGCCGGGCUCCACCAAUACUUGCCAAUGGUCCAGUUCCCUCUCCACCCCGCCGAGGAGGGGCUCUGCUAGAAGAACCUGAGUUAAGUGAUGAUGACCGAGCCAACCUAAUGUGGAAACGUUACCUGGAACGAGAGGACAGCAAGAUUGUGGACCUGUUUGUGGGCCAGUUGAAAAGUUGUCUCAAGUGCCAGGCCUGUGGGUAUCGCUCCACGACCUUCGAGGUUUUUUGUGACCUGUCCCUGCCCAUCCCCAAGAAAGGAUUUGCUGGGGGCAAGGUGUCUCUGCGGGAUUGUUUCAACCUUUUCACUAAGGAAGAAGAGCUAGAGUCGGAGAAUGCCCCAGUGUGUGACCGAUGUCGGCAGAAAACUCGAAGUACCAAAAAGUUGACAGUACAAAGAUUCCCUCGAAUCCUCGUGCUCCAUAUCCUAAUCUUCAGAUUCUUACUUCUCUUAGGAUACCUCCCAUACAUUCUCUUUCCUCACCCUCCAUGUUUCCAGAGAAUUGAAUUUUCCUUAGGAAAAGUCUGCCACCCACUUUUCCACAAGCUGCUCCCAGUGUGUCGGGAGUGGGGAGAGGACAGCUUUCAGGAUAGAAGAAGUCCCCCUCAGAGGCCCACUGCCUCCCAAAUGCUCCUUAACCAGGGCUUAGAUCUGAAUCGAUUUUCUGCCUCCCGAGGCUCCAUCAAAAAAAGUUCAGUAGGUGUAGACUUUCCACUGCAGCGACUGAGCCUAGGGGACUUUGCCAGUGACAAAGCCGGAAGUCCUGUAUACCAGCUGUAUGCCCUUUGCAACCACUCAGGCAGCGUCCACUAUGGCCACUACACAGCCCUGUGCCGGUGCCAGACUGGUUGGCAUGUCUACAAUGACUCUCGUGUCUCCCCUGUCAGUGAAAACCAGGUGGCAUCCAGCGAGGGCUACGUGCUGUUCUACCAACUGAUGCAGGAGCCACCCCGGUGCCUGUGACACCUCUAAGCUCUGGCACCUGUGAAGCCCUUUAAACACCCUUAAGCCCCAGGCUCCCCGUUUACCUCAGAGACGUCUAUUUUUGUGUCUUUUUAAUCGGGGAGGGGGGAGGGGGUGGUUGUAGCUCCAUUAUUUUUUUUAUUAAAAAAUACCCUUCCACCUGGAGGCUCCCUUGUCUCCCAGCCCCAUGUACAGAGCUCACCAAGCCCCUGCCCAUGUACAGCCCCCAGACCCUCUGCAAUAUCACUUUUUGUGAAUAAAUUUAUUAAGAAAAAA